CCCCCCGCCACCCGGGCCACCUACUCUUCGCGAAUAUUGUCCCCCCUCCCCAGUAUAUUGUGUCCCUUUCUUUUUUUUUCCUUCAGGAAACGCUGGCAACGGCAUGCCGGUGUGUCAUACUGAUCAACCCAUCCGACUGCAUAACAUGAUAUAGUAGCAGAACGAGAGGCCCGAGGAAGACUGGAGGAUGGGCGGAUGGGCAGAAAAGGGAAACAUCAGGCCGGCGCUACAUUGCCUCAGUUGCGCGAUCCCUCCUUUCUUCUCCCUUCGCUUCCGGGCCGCGGGGGGGGGGUCAUUGAACCCCUCCCAUGUCAGACUUGCUCCGGCACGGCUGCAUCGCCGGAAGGCCACCCUCGACCACGUUGGGCCCCGGUGGGGGGAGGGAAGGGAGAGAAACUAUCCGCAAUCCGUAUACCUAACUACAUCUUGAAAGUUACACCAGAUUUACCAAAACGCUCCUCCGAGCCGGUUGCGGAUCCCAUGACGGGUCAAUCCAACACCGUCAUUCUAUGCCAACCCCCAGAAGGCUUACUUGUUUGCAAGAGUCGAAAACCGCCCCAUGCUGCGAUCAGAGUGGCGCACGACCUGGCGGUGCUGUCGAAGCGCACUCAGCCUAAAAUCCUGAUACUUCCACAGACGGAAGGCCCCCAUCCAUACCCUUCCGACUCACUCUCUCCGUACAUUCCACCGUACGCGACGCAAAGCAAAGUCUGCCCGCUGUGGAACGAGGGGAGAGCCAGGCAACGCGCGCCCGCCCCCAGGGCUAGACCAGCUGGCAGCAGUAGCUUCGCCGCCGCUGCCUCCGACUGGAAUCACUCUCCUGUCGAAGGAGGCCGCGUACCCUGGGGAAUAGCAAAGCGCCUGAGCUGGGUAAUGCCGGGCAGGAUGCGGGGGCUUGGGCCAUUCAAUAUGUACAUUGUAUAUCCCGAAUCCGCGAUGCAUAGAAACGCUUGCCCCCCUUCCCGGCACUUUCAUCAACCCCCAACGACGCCGGCCCUGGAUCUGACGCAACAUAGCAUUCCUGUGGUUUCAAGGACAUUGCCUGGACCAAGAGAAGUCAAAACCGACCCGGAUCCCCCUCCUCGACGGACAACCUAGGUCCCAUGCAGUACAUUGUACAUUGUUAGGUGCUAGACUCGCCAGUGUCAGGAGGUCUAGUCUUGGCCCGCUGUGUGUGUGUGUGUGUCAGGCCUCUCCUUUCCAACGGAGACGAACUAGUCCAGACUCUAAAAUUCCCAUCCGAUGAACCGCAGGCAGCCACUCCUCUUCCUCAGGCUAAUUGACUCCUGCCCAACAUCCCCCGCAUUCGCCGGUUUCUCGGACUGCCGUGCGUAUCUCGACUCAUUUUGCCGCCACACCACCGCACGAGAAACCUCGAUUUGGCGGCUUGGCUCCAACGGCGGCGCCCCGAAGGCUGCAUGCGAGAUAUGCCGGUCGGUAUAUGAACGUGACAUUCUUCCGUGCGUCGCGGACAGCCUGACACUGGGAUAACGCCUUGAAAAGGACAUGGGAAAAGAAAGAAAGAAAAAAAGAAAAGAAAAAAAGCCAUGUGGGAUGCACCCUCCUCCCCCCCU